UCGAAUUAGUGGACAGUAUGAAGUCAACUACUCUGGUAGUACUUUCUAUACUCUUUCUUAGUGGAUUGCUGGCGGCUCCCCGACAAGCAAUCGUUCCUCAUGUCAUUAAUGGAACACCAUUAGUAGUCCAGCAUGCAGCAGCAGUGUUCGCUAUCACCGAAAAUGGCGAUGGAUAUUUUGGCGGUGGAAGUAUUGUUUCCGACCGUCAUAUAGUCACCGGAGCAAACCUACUCUUUGACGCUACUAGCGUACGUGUUGGCUAUGGCAGCACCUCUCUCUCAUCGUUAACAGCAGUAACUACAACAUCAUUUGUUAUUCAUCAAGGUUUCAACCGGACAACGAUGGACAAUGAUAUUGCGAUUGUGUUUCUUCCUUUUGCUAAUCGAAUUGUCUUUUCUGAUGCUGUUCGAGCAAUAGCCUUACCCACAUCAGCUCCCGCAGCAGGUUUAGCAGGAUCAUUGGGUGGAUUUGGUUUCACAGAGUCGAAUGCCCCAGGAUUUAGUGACACGUUGCUGGUCGCAAACCUUAUCACAGUAGACAAUUCUGUUUGCACGGCACAUUGGCCAAGCUUGACAUUAACAACCCAAUUUUGUGCCAAUGGUGCUCCAAGUCCGGUAAUACCUUCAUUGAUUACCAACAUCUGUGCUGGUGACUAUGGUGCUGGUUUUUACACUGGCGACGGUAUGAUAACAACGACUACCACUACAACUACGACAACGACGACGACCACGACGACGACGACUGAAGACCCCGACGGAGUACUAUCGGUAGUAGAACCAGCAUCAGAAGAAGACGAUGAAACCGAAGAUGAUGGAAUCGAAGACGAUGAAACCGAAGACGAUGAAACCGAAGAUUAUGAGACUCAAUCCGACGAGAUUAAGCCAUUCGAUGCGACAAUUGUUAGGAGUGUAUCAGUGUCUGAGGGCGAACAAGAAGAACCAGUUCUGGUUGGAAUCGCUUCUGUUGUUGGAGACUGGUGGGAAUGCAAUCCGGAAGAUCCUCGUACUUACACCAUAGUCUUCGAUUAUGUUUCUUGGAUCCAAGAUCUAACGGGAAUCGAGGUCUAACGACAAGGGUUCUUUAACGUUAUAACUUUAUAGAGUUCCAAGUUGUAACGUUAUCCUUUGAACCUUUUGUCUUUUCGUUACAAUUCCUAACGUUGCCGGAAACCUGCUAACGACGGCUGUAAUAAUCAACUUUUAACGAAUAAACAAUUUGCCGACAGUUACUUU